GGGCAGGAGCGCUCCUCGCCGCGUUUUCGGUGGAGCAGGUCGGAGAGAAAGUGCGGCCGUCCGGGAGGUUCUCAGGGACACGGGUUCGAGGCGCGCGCUCGAGGGGCCGGGGCCAGCCCCGCGGGCGGGCGGACGGGAGAUGCCGCUGCUCCACCGAAAGCCGUUUGUGAGACAGAAGCCGCCGGGGGACCUGCGGCCCGACGAGGAAGUUUUCUACUGUAAAGUCACCAACGAGAUCUUCCGCCACUACGAUGACUUUUUUGAGCGAACCAUUCUGUGCAACAGUCUUGUGUGGAGUUGUGCUGUGACGGGUAGACCUGGACUGACAUAUCAGGAAGCACUUGAGUCAGAACAAAAAGCAAGACAGAAUCUUCAGAGUUUUCCAGAACCACUAAUUAUUCCAGUUUUAUUCUUGGCCAACCUUACUCAUCGUUCACGCUUACAUGAAAUUUGUGAUGAUAUCUUUGCAUAUGUCAAGGAUCGAUAUUUUGUUGAAGAAACUGUGGAAGUCAUUAGGAACAAUGGUACAAGGCUGCAGUGUCGAAUUUUGGAAGUCCUCCCUCCAGUGCAUCAGAAUGGCUUUGCUAAUGGACAUGCUAGCAGUGCUGAGACUAUUGUCAUCAGUGACAGUGAUGAUUCCGAAACACUCAGCAGUCCUUUUCAACAUGGGAAGAAAAAGGAUGCAAUUGAUCCGUUAUCAUUCAGAUACAAGGUACAGCCCACUAAAAAGGAAAUGUAUGAGUCUGCUAUCGUUAAAGCAACACAAAUCAGCCGGAGAAAACACUUAUUUUCUCGUGAUAAACUAAAGCUUUUUCUGAAGCAACACUGUGAACCUCAAGAUGGAGUCAUUAAAAUUAAGGCUUCAUCUCUGUCAACUUACAACAUAGCAGAGCAAGAUUUUUCUUAUUUUUUCCCUGAUGAUCCACCUACAUUUUUAUUCAGUCCUGGUAAUAGACGAAGAGGAAGACCUCCCAAGCGAGUAUCUGUUAGUCAUGGAGAUGGCAUGGCCAUUAAGCAGGCAAUUGCAGCAUACAGGAGCAAAGCCACUAAAGAAAGAGACAAACUUUUGAAACAAGAAGAAAUGAAGGCACUAGCCUUUGAAAAGGCUAAACUAAGAAGAGAAAAAGCAGAUGCCCUUGAAGCUAAAAAAAAAGAAAGGGAAGAUAAAGAGAAAAAGAGGGAAGAAUUGAAGAAAAUUGUAGAAGAAGAGAGACUAAAGAAAAAAGAAGAAAAAGAGAGGCUUAAAAUAGAAAGAGAAAAGGAAAGAGAGAAAUUACGUGAAGAAAAACGAAGAUACAUGGAGUACUUGAAACAGUGGAGUAAACCCAGAGAAGAUAUGGAAUGUGAUGACCUUAAGGAACUUCCAGAACCAACUCCAGUGAAAACUAGACUACCUCCUGAAAUCUUCGGUGACGCUCUGAUGGUUUUGGAGUUCCUUAAUGCAUUUGGGGAACUUUUUGAUCUUCAAGAUGAGUUUCCUGAGGGAGUGACCCUAGAAGUGUUAGAGGAAGCUCUGGUAGGAAAUGACAGUGAAGGCCCACUAUGUGAAUUGCUUUUUUUCUUCCUGACUGCAAUCUUCCAGGCGAUAGCUGAAGAAGAAGAGGAAGUAGCCAAAGAGCAAAUAACUGAUGCUGACACCAAAGAUUUAACAGAGGCUUUGGAUGAAGAUGCAGACCCCACAAAAUCUGCACUGUCUGCAGUUGCAUCUUUGGCAGCUGCAUGGCCACAGUUACACCAGGGCUGCAGUUUGAAAAGCUUGGAUCUUGAUAGCUGCACUCUUUCUGAAAUCCUCAGACUGCACAUCCUAGCUUCAGGUGCAGAUGUAACAUCAGCAAACGCGAAGUACCGCUAUCAGAAGCGAGGCGGGUUUGACGCCACAGACGACGCCUGUAUGGAGCUGCGGUUGAGUAAUCCUAGCCUGGUGAAAAAGUUGUCAAGCACAUCUGUGUAUGAUUUGACACCAGGAGAAAAGAUGAAAAUACUUCACGCGCUCUGUGGGAAGCUGUUGACCCUAGUGUCCACUAGGGAUUUCAUUGAAGACUAUGUUGAUGUGUUACGGCAGGCAAAGCAGGAGUUUCGGGAAUUAAAAGCAGAACAGCAUCGAAAAGAGAGAGAAGCAGCAGCUGCUAGAAUACGUAGAAGGAAGGAAGAAAAACUUAAGGAGCAAGAACAGAAAAUGAAAGAAAAACAAGAAAAAGUGAAGGAAGAAGAGCAAAGAAAUUCAACUGCUGACAUAGGGGAGGAAGAGAGGGAAGAUUUUGAUACUAGCAUUGAGAGUAAAGACACAGAGCAAAAGGAACUUGAUGGUGGCAUGGUCACUAAAGAUGAAGAUGAUCCAGGAUCUCCUAAAAGAAGCAGAAGGGGGAAAGGGGGACAAAGUGAACUUAAAGAAGAGAUCAUCUGUGUAAUUCAAGAGCCUCUUGCUGCUGAGGAAGAAGCUUUAAAACAGGAACACCAACGGAAAGAGAAAGAGCUCUUGGAAAAAAUCCAAAGUGCCAUUGCAUGUACCAAUAUCUUCCCCUUGGGGCGUGACCGCAUGUAUAGGCGAUACUGGAUUUUCCCUUCUAUCCCUGGUUUGUUUAUUGAAGAGGAUUAUUCAGGUCUUACUGAAGACAUGCUAUUGCCUAGACCUUCAUCAUUUCAAAAUACUGUACAGCCUCAAGAACCUCAGGUAUCUACUAAAACUGGAGAGUCUUUGUCUGAAUCUACCUCUAACCUUGACCAGGGUCUAUGUGAUGAUUCUGUACAGCUGCCAAAACCCGUGCAUAAGCCAAACAGAUGGUGCUUUUACAGUUCUUGUGAACAGCUAGACCAGCUCAUCGAAGCCCUUAAUUCUAGAGGAUAUAGAGAAAGUGCCUUAAAAGAAACCUUGUUGCAAGAGAAAAGCAGAAUAUGUGCCCAGCUAACCUGUUUUUCUGAGGAGAAAUUUCAUUUUUCAGACAAACCUGAAACUGAGAGCAAGCCUACAUGUGCUCGAGGAAGGUCUUCCAAUGCACAUGAUCCAUCCCAGAUGUCUGCAGAAAGGCAGCUUGAACUGAGACUAAGAGAUUUUCUUUUGGAUAUUGAAGACAGAAUCUAUCAAGGAACAUUAGGAGCAAUCAAGGUUACAGAUCGACAUAUCUGGAGAUCAGCCUUAGAAAGUGGACGGUAUGAGCUGUUAAGUGAGGAAAACAAGGAAAAUGGAAUCGUUAAAACUGUGGAUAAAGAUGUAGAAGAGAUGGAAAUUGAUGAACAAGCAGGAGUCAUAGUAAAAGAUAGACUUUGGGGAAUUAAAACAGAAGCUCCCAGUACUGUGUCAACUAAUGCCAGUACUCCACAGUCAGUGAGUAAUGUUGUUCACUGUCUGGCAGUGGCGCUUUUCCAGAUAGAACAAGGCAUUGAACGGCGUUUUCUCAAAGCUCCACUUGAUGGCAGUGAUGGUGGACGUUCUUAUAAAACAGUUCUGGACCGUUGGAGAGAGUCUCUCCUCUCCUCUGCUAGUCUAUCCCAAGUCUUUCUUCACUUAUCAACCUUGGAUCGUAGUGUGGUAUGGUCUAAAUCUAUACUGAAUGCACGUUGCAAGAUCUGCCGAAAGAAGGGUGAUGCUGAGAACAUGGUGCUCUGUGAUGGUUGUGAUCGGGGCCAUCAUACCUACUGUGUCCGACCCAAGCUCAAGACUGUACCUGAUGGAGAUUGGUUUUGUCCAGAAUGUCGACCAAAGCAGCGUUCUAGAAGACUCUCCUCUAGACAGAGACCAUCCUUGGAAAGUGAUGAAGAAAUGGAAGAGAAUAUGGGAGGUGAGGGUGGUGAUGAUGACGAUGAUGAAGAGGGACAAAGUGAAGAGGAGGAAUACAAGGUAGAGCAAGAAGACGUUGACUCUGAAGAGGAAGAAGACCUAAGCCCACCUAAACGAGGACGACCACAAGUUAGAUUACCAAUUAAAACAAGAGGAAGGUUUAGUUCUUUUUCAAGUCGGUGUCAACGCCAGGAUUCUGGAGGAAACCCUUCAAGGAGUCAGCCAAGUACCCCCAGAGCAACUGUCUCUUCUAAAACUUCUGGCAGAAACCUAAGAAAAAUAAGAUCUGCUCCUCCUUCAGAAAGUAAAUCUUUAAGAAUUGCUAGUCGCUCAACCCGGCACAGUGCUGGCUCACUGCAAGCAGGUGUAUUCGUGGAACUACUUAGUCCUCGUAGAAAACACAGAGCCAGGAGAAGUGCAAGCAGUACUCCUGAAAACAGCCCCAGCUCCCACAGCUUCAAGGUUGUCACUGCAAAGUCAAGCGAACAGUCAAGACCUCUAAGUAACACCUCAAGGCUUCUUCUCCAAGACAGUGAAUCAAAGAGAAGAGGCAGGAAAAGACAAUCAACAGAAUCAUCUCCUAUGCCACUGAAUCGAAGAACAUCUGGCCGUCAAGGAGGAGUUCAUGAAUUAUCUGCUUUUGAACAACUUGUUGUGGAAUUGGUACGACAUGAUGAUAGCUGGCCUUUUUUGAAACUUGUUUCUAAAAUCCAGGUACCAGACUACUAUGACAUAAUUAAGAAGCCUAUAGCCUUAAAUAUAAUUCGAGAAAAAGUGAAUAAAUGUGAAUAUAAAUUGGCAUCUGAGUUUAUCGAUGAUAUUGAGUUAAUGUUUUCGAACUGCUUUGAGUACAACCCUCGUAAUACAAGCGAAGCAAAAGCUGGAACGAGGCUUCAAGCAUUUUUUCAUAUUCAGGCUCAGAAGCUUGGACUCCAUGUCUCACCCAGCAAUGGGGACCAAGUUAGCACACCGCCAACUGCGAAAAAGUCACGGAUCUAAUUUUGUCCUUCUAAAGGAUGAAUGUGAGGAAAAGUAAAUUGUUCAUGAAAAUGGAACAUUAAAUCAUGCUCUAAAGCAAAGAUAAAUAAAUAUAAAUAUAUACAUAAAGCAAUAACAACUCAUUGGCCACAUUAAAGUGUGGCCUGCACUAUGUUCUCAAGUUUAAUAUUAAGCACUCAGGAGAAUGUUGCCACACUUCUUGUUCAGUAUCUGUAAGUUUGAUAGGUGUUUUGGAUACAGUACUGGUUUACAGAGGGCGUUUUGUACAUUUUGAGAUCAUUCAUGUGUUCAGAUAUUUUGGAAAAUAUUUUUUACCUGAUUUAUUUUGUAUUGAUUGUGUAGUCAGGAGGAUUUAUUCACACAGUUUAGAGAAGUGUGUAUAUGUCUUAAGAACUGUUUAAUGAGCACAUUGUUUCAACACUACACAUGAAUGAAUCCAAUUUGAUAGGCUUAAAGUGCUGUAACCAGUGCUGGAUGGAGGUAUUGAGUCUGAGUUUAUUAACUAGAUAUUUAUUUAGUAUUCAGAGUAAUUUGUGAAUUUGUUUUGUAUUUAUAAAAUUUAUACUUGGAAAAUGUUCUUUAAUUUUUUAAAACAUUUUACUAUAUUAUUUCUCAGACAUUCUUAAUGAUCAGAAACAGGGGUCCUCCUUUUACCCUAACAGUUCUUUGUUUUACAAACUAAGUUUCUGUGUACAACUUUUUAAGUGUAC